AUGACCGAAUCAAAACCAAGCUCAACCCCGAGCUCUAAACCUUCCUCCAUUAAGUCUUCUGAUGGCGUAAAGAGAUCCCCCGGCCUUCGUCCACAGGACGCUGACGGCUCCUCGCCCGCCGGCAGCGAUUACGGCAAGCCCUCGGAAAAGUCUUCUGUCAAAGAUCGCCUCACCCGCAUGUUCUCCUCCAAAGAACCAUCUCGAGCCGCCACCCCCAAUGUUGCCGCCAAUGGUGCUACCAACGGUAACGGUGAGGCCUUUGGCCGCCCUCGCGGCUCCUCUGUCAACAGCACUUCGGCUUCCAAGACUGCCAAGGAUGUCACGGCCGCCGACAAGCCCAUCGACAAGGACAAGGCUGCUCAGGGCCAAGUAAAAUCUGUCGCUCCAAAAGAAGGCAGUACUCGCUUCAUGCCUACUCUUGACGCCCCAGGCGGUCACGAGCAUUUCCUCAAGUCCAGCCGCCGUCAGGAGAAGCUCUCGGAUAUGUGGCGUAGUCUUAUUGGCAAAAAGGCAGAGCCUACCCCGGAUAGCGAUCUUUCGCUCGUCUCCAACUGGGUCGACUCGCUGCGCCAGGAAAGGGAAGACGCGGCCAACGGUACCAAGCCUGGCAUUCACACCACGACCACCACACUCGUCGAAAAGUACGGCAAGUGCCAGGAGAUUGUCGGGCGUGGCGCCUUUGGCAUUGUCCGCAUCUCCCACAAGAAGCUCGGCGCUGGUGAGAAGCUCUUUGCCGUCAAGGAGUUUCGCCGCCGACCUGAAGAAACCGAGAAAAAGUACAGCAAACGUCUCACGGCCGAGUUUUGCAUUUCUUCUUCUCUCCGCCAUCCCAACGUCAUCCACACCCUUGACCUGCUUAAGGAUGCCAAGGGCGACUACUGCGAGGUCAUGGAAUUUUGCGCCGGCGGUGAUUUAUACACCCUGAUCCUUUCUAGCGGCAAGCUCGAGGUCCAAGAAGCCGACUGCUUUUUCAAGCAAAUGAUGAGAGGCGUUGAAUAUCUUCACGAGAUGGGCGUGGCCCAUCGUGAUCUCAAACCCGAGAACCUGCUUCUCACCACCCGUGGUGGCCUCAAGAUCACCGACUUUGGCAACGGCGAGUGCUUCCGCAUGGCGUGGGAGACAGAUGCCCACAUGGUUUCGGGCCUGUGCGGCUCCGCGCCGUACAUUGCCCCCGAAGAAUACACGGACAAAGAGUUUGAUGCCCGUGCCGUCGAUGUCUGGGGUUGCGGUGUUAUUUACAUGGCCAUGCGCACCGGCCGUCAUCUCUGGCGCGUUGCCAAGAAGGACGAUGACGAAUUCUACGCUCGCUAUCUUGAGGGACGUCGCGACGAAGACGGCUACGGACCUAUUGAGUCCCUGCACAGGGCUCGUUGUCGCAACGUCAUUUACUCUGUCCUCGACCCUCAUCCCACAAGACGUCUCACGGCCGCGCAGGUGCUCAAGUCCGAAUGGGUGCGCGAGGUAAAACUGUGCAAGGCCGGCGAGGAGGGCCUCUAA